GUUGUGCCAAAAACUUCAUCAAAGACAUCCCUCCUGUCCUCUGGGUCAGACCAGUCCAUGGAAUGUGGGUCCCAGACCCCACUCCGCACCGACCCCAUGUCACGCAGGCCGGGGGACUCGGCGACCUACAACAGCAACUCAACUGUCUCUAUGAGCAGUGACACCAACUCACCUGCCACAGGUAGAAAGAAGAGUGGGAACACCUUGGACCCUAGGAUAAAGUGUCACCGCAGUGCAAGCUGUAGUAUAGGGGAUGAUGGGAUAUCCUCAGAAAAUGACGAUACAGAAAAUAGUUUGAAAAAACCUGAUUCUAAAACAUUUCAAGGAAGAGAUAACAAGAAAUCCACAAAAGUGAAAGAAGCUGUGAUAGCAAGACCCCCGUUAAUUAGGCAACAAUCAGCCCCAGUGGGAACCCCCCUUUAUGCCGGCCCUUACCUGGGUCAAGCAAAGGUAAUUGUGGACUACACACCUGGUCCAGAUGAGGAUGAUUUUGUCCCAUUAAAGGUGGGAGAGAUAGUCAACAUCAUGAACAUGGCUCAGUCUGGUGUGUGGAGAGGUGUUGUCAAUGGCAAGCGAGGGAAGUUCCGCUUUGAACAUGUGGAGGUUAUCAUUGAGCCAGAUAAAACGCCGACCAAUGGCCAAAUUAUUGGUGGCCAAAAAGACAUUCCAAAAUCUGUUGACGACUUGCUGCAAAGGAUAGGGUUAGGGCAUCUUUCCAACUUGUUUCUGCUCAAUGGUUAUGAUGACCUUGACAUAUUUUCUGAGUUGGAUGACCAUGACCUUGACACACUACACAUCAGUGACCAAGACCAGAGGAAUAAACUUUUAUCUGCAGCCAAAGUCCUGGGAGAUUGGAAUGAUAAAGUCAAUGCUCACACCCCCACAAUAACCAACAUGGACUCACCUUCAUCAAGAGCAGGCAACUCUAGCUGUGAUUCUGGUUGCUACACUGGCAGUGAAGGACUGAAGCAGCAGACCAGGCACAGGGCAGGGGAGCUAAGGAAAGACAGGGGACACCACUCUAGCCCUAAGUCCCAUUCGUCCUGCCGGUCCUGUGGGAAGCCGAAGCAGCCUCGCAAGUACAGCAGUCCAGGCGGGACCUCUCAUUACGUACCAGGACAAUACCCAACUCAGCUUCACUCUCACUACACCACAGGACACACCUCUCAUGGGCUGGAACACUCCCCCUAUGCCCCCGGACAUUUCCAAUAUGGCAGCCUCCAACAAAUGCCCGUGCCCUACACCUCCGGAUAUUACGGGUACCACCAGGUCGGCGGGCAUAGCCACUACGCUCACGGCCACCCUCAUUACGUCAUGUCCGCUUCACGCACACUCACCGAGCUCAACGUCGCAGACAAUCAUAAUUCAACCCCCACCCUUGAAACAUUCAAAGGUGUGGGUAAUACCGGGCUUGUGGCUAAAAGUGAUAAAAAACCUUCCGUCGGUGACCGGGUGUCACUAACAGAAGAAGACCAGGAAGUGAUAGCAAUAACAUGUGGCACCAACCAGAGCAGGAAACUCUCCACCCCCAUCCAGACAAUGACAGGGGGUUCCCCUCACUUGGAGAUGCCCAGCAGUGUGGUGUGUAAAGCCUGCGUUCCUUCUUCAGGGUGCCAGCAGUGCGACGAGAGCAUCCUCUGUGAGAGCAGCUCCUGUGUGCAGUGCGCCACCUACGCCUCCUGCCCCCAGUGCUUCCCGUACCGCCACUACGUGAACACGACGAUGAGGUCAGACAGCAAGUCUUCUAAGAUGUCCUGCAGCUCUACCUGUACGCAAACCACGUGCCUCAGCCCAGACCACGACGACAGCAACAACAGCGCGGGAUCAAACCUCAUCGACUGCUCAAUCACUUCCCCAGGGUACAUGACUAAAGCCAGCCCAAACAGAGUCCAGCCGUUUUACUUUUACCAGCAACAGUAUUCACAUCCAAUUUACGAAAGAACUCUUUCCAGCAUCGCAGGCAGAACCACGCCCUCCCAGCUGCCGUCCCCUGCUCCAGCUGCUACAGGACUUCCUGUCAGACUCACAGCUGCCUCGCCGCUAACCUUAGCCCUAACAGACUCCAGCGCCAACCAAGGAGUCUCCCUCACCCUCCAGACAGAGCCCAACCCACCCCUGGUGCCGGACUGGGCCAAACAAACUGAAACCACGGAAGCGCCCGGCAUGGCCACGCUGUACAGCAGGGGUCAGACGCCAGAGAAGUCUGAUGCCAGCUCUGGUCAGCUGAAGAGCCCAACCAGGUCACUGAUGCCUCUGGUCACCACCAAGCUCAGCGCGGAGAGAAUCAACCUGACACAGAUCCCCUACAGUACAGCUAUUGGUCAUUGUGGAAUCCCGCCACUUCUGGUCCAGCGCUAUUCUGAAGAACUGCGUCAAGAGAUGGACACGAUGGCUCUUGUGAUAGAACAAAUCAGGGAGAAACAGCUGAGAGCACUGGGGAGACCUUGUAUACAAAAUGAGAGCCUGAGUGAUUCAUGCAAGCACGCCUGUGACCUGCAGAUCUCAUCUGUCCAAAGUUUCCUCAUCUCCAUUGGCCUGCCCAUGUACCUCAAGCCUCUCACAGACGGCAACAUCACCACCCUCGACCAGAUGCUCAAGCUGAAAGAGAGUGAGCUGGAACAGAUCACAGGUGCUGACUCACGACACUUGAAGAGGAUAACCCACGCUUUAGAAUGGGUGCAGGUUAAGUUGUCUUCCCCUAACCACAAACCUCGAGUUGCAGGGGUUACUGAUAAAGUCUAAACAGAAUCUGUUGCUUUCUCUCCUAACCUAAGCCAAUCUCUUUAGUAAUAGUGAACAGAAUCAUGGGUUUUCUUCACUAGCCUAAGCUACUUUGUCUUGAAAUUCUUCUUUCUUGCUAUAUCCACUAACUACCCAGAAUUGAAAAUCAAAUAAUAAUUUGUUACUAGGUUUAAGCAGCUAAUUUUAAAAUUGUACACUGCCUUAGCAAAAAUUAGAAUGAGCUACUGAUCAAUUUCAAUUUACUUUGUCACUUAAAGCUACAAGCAUUUUUUUCUGUGACUACUUUACUGCAUUCUAUAAAUCUUGGAUGUUACGCUACUGGUAGCCUUGGCUGUGCCAAAAGCAGCCUUGCAUCAACCAUCCUUUACUACAACCAGCAUCUGGUUGCCAUGCCACAACCAGCAUCUGGUUGCCACGCUGUGCUGGUUGCCAAGCUGCAUCUGGUUGCUAUGAUAAGCAAUCAAUGAACAAAGAGCCCUAACAAAAAAAAAUUGAUACUAUUUAUACCCCUGCCAGUGGUAUGUCUGUGACACAAAUACCUGGCCAAGCCCUAUGGAUGUGGGUGGAUACUGGAUUCAGUGCUAACACCUUGCAUACCAAGUCUUUCACUAUAAGACCAGCUUAGUGCUCAUACUAAGAUUAUUUAUCUGCAAGCAACUCAUGUAAAAAAACUGUUUAUUAUUAAAAUAAAACGACUUUCGUUUGUUGCCAAAUAAUUAUUUUAAUGUUCGUUAAAAUAGCAAAAAAAAAAAAAACUUUUUUAAAUGUAGAUAAUUGUUUGUAUUUCAAUAAACAAUUAUACUGGAUUCUUUCUUGUAAUGUGCUCAUAGAAUUUGUAAUUAUAUUUGUGUUCAGUGUGGUGCAUUGGCACCAACAUGAUCUCAUAUGUUAACUUAGUGAAGUGGUUUUAGUAGCUGGAUAUUUAUAUAAAGCCUCAAAUGUUUUAACACACUUCGCACAAGAAAAUUGCACUUGUCUUCAAUAAAGAGUUAUUUGAAUUUUAAAUACAUAAUAAAAUGUAACACUAAUUGCGAGUCAAAUUGUGAGGUCAUGAAUCAUCCCUCGACACACGGUGCAACAACAAGCCCCCAUUUAUUUAUCUUGAAAUUUAUUCUAUGCUUGAACCAAUGUAUUGAACUGCUGUUGUGCAAUAUUUACAGCCAAUAGAAACAAAUCAAGCUGUAGCAUAGAGCUUAGCUUUGGCUUCAGUGUAACAGUCCUGUUUUAUUUAUUAAUACUUUUUUUUUCGGGUUCAGAGUAAAAGUUUCACCACUAUUAUCAUAAGAUGCAAUUCUUUUUCAUAGAAAUGUUUGCCUCUCAGAUCUGAACUAAAUAUUUUUUCUGCUAUAAAUAAAUUUGCCUUAAAUUAAGCCUUUUAAUUAAUUAACUAAGCUUAUAUAAUUAUUUGUUUUUAUUUAAUUAACCUAGAAACCUUAUGCAUCAAUGUUUUACAUAUUGAUUGAAUGUAAACCAUAUCAUAACCAAACCGACAUAUCUGAAAAUAUUUUUGUCUGAGUUGCAUAGACCAGUGUGUGCCAAGAAAUGUUAUGCUAGUCAGUAGUCAACACUGCCAAUGUAUUUCAAACUUUCUGCCAUGUUCAGUGGCAUAGCCAUGCCAAAUUCAGUGGCAUAGCCAUGCCAUAUUCAAUGGCCUAGCCAAAAAUAAGUCCAAAAGGGGGCGGUCUUUCAUGUUUGUAUGUUCAUACGGGAGGCAUUGUGAAAUCAAUCCAACCCUGUGUAGGUGUAUUAGGGGGAGUUAAUAAAGAUUCCACCCAGUUGAUACAUUUCUGUACCUUGGCUAAUUGUUUUUUAAUUUGAGAUUGUGUAAACAAAGACUCGGUAAGACUGAAGUGUCAAUAUUUAAGCUGUAGAAAUUGUGGAUGUGAUGUACUCUAUCAGUAUUUUUCAAACUUUUUCACAACAACUAAAUAUCAUAUGAUAUAAAAUUUCUUUUAUUUAACCUUAUGUAAUCCUUUUUUUUUAUAAAAAACCAACAGUUUUUGAAAAGAAGAUAUUUCUGCUGACUGUCUUUUUGAGUUAAUCUUUUAACCAUUUAUUUACUUUCUUAGAAAGAGCUAAAUCUGAGAAAAAAAAAGAAAUGUGUUUUUUCAUUAUUAAAUAUUUUGGUGCCACUUAAAUUUGAACUUCAUACUUAGAUGCAACUUGCACUUAACUUUUGUGGCAUUCAAGGUAAAGCCCUUAGAGCUGGUGUGAGAAGAAUUUUGUUUAUUUUACAUCAGAAAAAUAAUUUAAGUGACCCUUGCUCAACACUGUUCAGUUCAUUCAAAACAUGAAUUGUUUUAUUGCUUUUUUAAUUUAAGUUUUUAACAAAUUUAGUUUUGUCUUGAUGAAGUAAGGAUGCAUGUCCUAUGAUGUUUCUUUUAUUGGCUUUUUAUAUAUUUCCUGUUCAAUUUUUUUUAUUUAAAGAGUCAGAUGUUGAAACAGAAUGUCUGAGUUUUUGUUUGUAGGAGUCUGAAUGAUGAUACUUGCAUUCUAUUGAGAAUGUCGGAGAUUAUUUGCAUGCAGAAUUAGUUCUUUUUUUGUUUUUUUUUAAUGGGGUAUUUUUUAUGUGGAGUCUACUACAAAGGUGACUCAUUUUUCUAAUGGUGACUCACUUUUUAUAUGGUGACAUAUUGCUUUAAGGGUACAAAAGAUGUGUUCUUUGUUUUUCUUAUGUACAAAAUAUGUUUUUUCUUGAAUAUGUUCCAGUGGUAACUCAUUGUAUUAAUUGGUGACUCAGUUUUUAAGUUGAGUCACUGUUUUAAUUGAUCAAACUACCUACUGUUCUAACAUACAAGUUUAUGUUACUGGUAUCCAGUGCCGUUCACUUUUUUAAACAGCUUUUGGUGUGGAAAUGUUGGAUUGGACCAAAUGUUUUUCUGGCAUUUGUCCUUACUAUUGGUUUUUUUUUUUAAUGUAUAUAAUAAGGUCUUAUAAUUAUAUAAGAAGUUAGUUCUUACAAUUUAGUUUUUAUAAAUUAAAAUGAACUUUUAAAAAUACAAUACUAGAUUACUUAGUAAAAAAAAUAAUA